AUGGAUCAGCCAGAAGACAAAUCGCCUGAUAAAGUCGAGCAUGAAAAUGCGCUGGAACUAGCAACUACCGAAAGCACAGGCCAGGCUGUCGAGCUGAUCCAGCUUAAUCCUCAAGCUGUGCCCCGUGAUAUUGGGCCUUUUCAAAUCAUAGCCCUCGGCUUCAACAUCCCCAACAGUUGGGCCGGCGUCGCUACCGCGUUUUCGGCCGCUCUAACAGCUGGAGGUCCCGUCUCGCUGAUCUAUGGCAACUUUGUCAUCACGGCCAUGUAUGUGUCUGCAGCCGUCACGCUGGCUGAGCUUGCGAGUGUCUAUCCGACAGCAGGUGGGCAAUAUCAUUUCACGAGCAUCAUGGCGCCCAAGAGGUUCAAUCGAUCCAUGUCUUACAUCUGUGGCAUGAUAGCGACGGUUUCGUGGAUCAUUUGUUCCACAAGCGUGGCUAGUAUUACGAGUCUGUGCAUUUCUUCGAUAGCUCAGUUUUACAACGGAUACAAAGCAAAUGCCUGGCAGUUGUUUCUUAUAUCCCAGGGGCUGAACAUCUUCGCCCUAGCCUACAAUUUGUUCGUGUUGAAACGGACUCGAUGGAUUCAUGACGCAGCGUUUUUCUUGACUCUGUCAACAUUUAUCACUAUAUCGAUCGUUUGCCUUGCCCGGGGCGAUAAGCAGUCGUCGACAUGGGUAUGGACCAACUUUGAGCCGUCGUCAGGAUGGCCUCCCGUGAUAUCCUUCUUCACGGGGCUCACUACUCAUGCAUACAUGUUUGGAGGGCUGGAUUCUGCUCUCCAUCUCGCAGAAGAAACGCUUGAUGCUUCCAGAACGGUGCCAAAGGCGCUUAUGUCCACAAUUGGGAUUGGCUUCUUCUCCGGCUUUGUCUUUUCUGUGGCCAUGACAUAUUGUAUCCCCAGCUUGGACAUUUUUGCCAAUGACCCAGUGCCGAUAUAUAAACUCUGGCGCAUAGCUAGCAAAUCCGAUACCGCUGCCACAAUCUUUCUUAUUGUCGGUAUCGUAAUCUUCACAUUCAUCCUCGUCGCCACGCAGCAAACAACAUCUCGUCUCAUUUGGGCCCUAGCCCGUGACCGCGGUCUUAUCUUUUCCUCUCAAUUUGAGAAGUUGUCUACCACCCUUGGCGACAUCCCUGUGGCUGCCCUUAUUCUCGACGCAGGGCUGAUAUUCGUCUGCGGAUGCGUCAGCUUGGGCUCCUCGGCAGCGUUUAAUUCGCUCGUCGGGGUGUUUUCCCUGAUGCAGAUGAUUUCGUUUGCGAUUCCGGCCGCGCUGCUUAUAUAUCGCCGGAGGAGUGAAAAAGUCCUUCCUCGUAAGAGAGCAUUUAAAGUGCCUGAGAUACUGGGUUGGGCUUGUAAUAUUGGAACGGUUAUUGCGGCGGUUAUCGAGACCGUCUUCUUCACGUUUCCGAGCGUUUUGCCAGUGACUGGUAGCAAUAUGAACUACGCCGUUGUCGUUCUGGCGGUGAUUGCAAUUGUCAUGGUUGUAAACUGGAUUGUAUUUGCUAGGAAGCAUUACCAAGGCCCUAGGAUAGGAGGUUUCGUGUAA